CAGGUUUGUCCCUGCCAAGGUUGGCCCUGGGCAGCCAGAAGCACAACAUUGGCUGGAAGCAAGUCCCCUGGGUUUACCCCUGCAGGGCAGGAGCAGGGCUACUGGGGUCAGAGAUAAGCAAAGCAGAGAUGGGAUGAAGAACCUGUGGGACAACCUUACCUCCUCCUGACACUCUCCUUUCCAGGCCACCCAGAUGGCUGAGCAGCCCUUCGCAGAGGUGUCCGUGCCAGCCAAGGCGAUGGCUGCAGACAACACCGAAGCCCACCCGCUCCGAACCACCCGCCGCGGGUCCCAGCCCCACGCACGGGGCACAGAGGAAGGCAAAGCGCCGGCGCUGCUCUCCCGCCGCAGCUCCAUCCUCAGCACCCUGCCAGCAGCCCUGGCCAGCCGCCGCAGCUCGCUGGGGGCAGCCCCGGGGGGCAGGCGCCCCUCCAUCGGCCCCUGGAUGCUCCACAGCCGUGUGAGCUUCUCCGGGUUGCCCCUGUUCCAGCCCAUCCUCAAGACCCGCCUGGAGAACACUUACAGGAUAGGACCAGAUGAAGGCUGCAAGUUCAAUGCAGGGCGGGUGCAGCGGGUGCUGGAGGGGGCUUUGAUGGGUGCCCUUGAGACCGUGGUCUACACACCGCAGGGCAGUGCGCUGCUAGCCCAGAACCUGGUUGAGAUGCUGCAGAGCAGAGCAAAGGAGGUGGUACCACCCCGGUACAAGCUGGUCUGCCACGUGCUGUUGGGACAGCAGGCACAGCAGAGCCUGCUGGUGGCCAGCCAGGCACUGUGGGACCCCGAGAGUGACAGCUUUGCCUCCGCCACCUUCUCCAAUGCUUCCCUCUUCGCUGUGGCCACAGUGCAUGGGGUCUACUUCGAGUAGGACCUGCCUCUCCCUCCACUCAG